GCGCGGCAGGAGGCUCGGCGGCCCGGGACAGCCUGUGGGCGCCGCUCGCCGCGCGGGCGGCCCGGCGGCGGGGCGCGCGCCUCGGCCUUUCCUCCGUGACCCCGCGUCCCCGGCCCGCCGCCCCGGGAGGACCCGGCCGAGGCAGGUGGCUUUCUAGAAGAUGACCAUAGAGGACCUUCCAGAUCUUCCAUUAGAAGGAAAUCCUUUGAUUGGAAGAUACCCAUUUUUAUUUCCAGGUUCUGAUACACCUGUUGUCUUUUCAAUUUCUGCAGCACCAAUGCCUUCUGACUGUGAAUUUUCUUUCUUUGAUCCUAAUGAUGCAUCGUGCCAGGAAAUUCUCUUUGAUCCCAAAACUUCAGUAUCAGAAUUAUUUGCCAUUUUAAGGCAGUGGGUUCCUCAGGUCCAGCAAAACAUUGACGUUAUUGGAAAUGAGAUCCUUAAGAGAGGCUGCAAUGUGAACGACAGAGAUGGACUGACAGACAUGACUCUGCUACAUUACACCUGCAAAUCGGGAGCUCAUGGUAUUGGUGAUGUGGAGACAGCUGUCAAAUUUGCAACUCAACUUAUUAAUCUGGGAGCAGAUGUUAGUUUGCGGAGUCGCUGGACGAAUAUGAAUGCUCUGCAUUAUGCUGCUUAUUUUGAUGUGCCGGAGCUUAUAAGAGUGAUUUUGAAGACAUCUAAACCAAAAGAUGUGGAUGCCACUUGCAGUGAUUUUAACUUUGGAACAGCUCUGCACAUUGCAGCAUAUAACCUGUGUGCAGGUGCUGUAAAAUGCUUAUUGGAGCAUGAAGCAAAUCCUGCAUUUAGGAAUGACAAAGGACAAAUCCCUGCUGAUGUUGUUCCAGACCCAGUAGACAUGCCAUUAGAAAUGGCAGAUGCAGCAGCCACUGCUAAAGAAAUCAAGCAGAUGCUGUUAGAUGCAGUGCCCCUGUCAUGUGACAUCUCAAAGGCCAUGCUUCCAAACUAUGAUCAUGUUACUGGCAAGGCAAUGCUUGCAUCACUUGGUCUGAAGUUGGGGGAUCGUGUUUUUAUUGCAGGACAGAAGGUUGGAACAUUAAGAUUUUGUGGAACAACAGAAUUUGCAAGUGGGCAGUGGGCUGGCAUUGAGUUGGAUGAACCAGAAGGAAAAAACAAUGGAAGUGUUGGAAAAGUCCAGUACUUUAAAUGUGCCCCCAAAUAUGGUAUUUUUGCGCCUCUUUCAAAGAUAAGUAAAGCAAAAGAUCGAAGGAAGAAUGUAGCGUCUACAAAAGCUAUACCUUUAACCAGGUCCCGGAAAGUUGAUGUGACCCAUGUAACAUCAAAAGUAAAUACUGGAUUAAUGACACCAAAAAAAGAUAGUGCUUCUGAAUCAACACUUUCAUUGCCUCCUGGUGAAGAAUUGAAAACUGCAACAGAGAAAGAUGUUACUCUGCUUGGAUCCAUCAGCACCUCUUCUUCUACAUCUUCUUUGGAACACAGACAGAGCCAUCCCAAGAAAGAGAACGCUGGCAGCCAUGCCAAGAAGACAAUGUGCAAAAGCCCCUCUGUUUCAUCUAGAGCCAGUGCUGGUCUGAAUUCCUCAGCAGCUUCUGUGGCAACUAGUGCCCGUAGUGAAGGAGAGCUACGUCUUGGAGCGAGAGUGUUGGUGGCGGGCCAGAGGAUUGGGACCAUUAAGUUUUUUGGGACAACAAACUUUGCUCCAGGAUAUUGGUAUGGUAUAGAGCUUGAAAAACCCCAUGGAAAGAAUGAUGGUUCAGUUGGAGGUGUGCAGUAUUUUAGUUGUUCGCCAAGAUAUGGAAUAUUUGCUCCCCCAUCCAGGGUGCAAAGAGUAACAGAUUCCAUGGACACUCUUUCAGAAAUUUCAUCAAAUAAACAGAAUCAUUCUUAUCCCGGUUUUAGGAGAAGUUUCAGUACAACUUCUGCCUCUUCCCAAAAAGAGAUUAACAGAAGAAAUGCUUUUGCCAAAUCGCGGUCGGCUCUGCGGCGCAGCUGGAGCAGCGCGGGCGGCGCGGGCGGCACCGAGGGGCGCGUGCGGCUGCACCGGGGCUCCCAGGUCCUCCUCACCAGCUCCAACGAGAUGGGCGCCGUGCGGUACGUGGGCCCCACCGACUUCGCUUCGGGCAUCUGGCUUGGACUUGAGCUUCGAAGCGCCAAGGGGAAAAAUGACGGCGCGGUGGGCGACAAGCGUUACUUCACCUGUAAGCCGAACCACGGGAUCCUGGUGAGACCCAGCAGAGUGACCUACCGGGGGAUCAACGGGUCCAAGCUUGUGGACGAGAGCUGUUGAGCGAAGCUUCUAACCAGUUGAAUUGUUAGCUCUAGCUUACUAGAUAUAUUAGGGUGUAACAUAAAGAAUCCAUGGCAAGUGGUUUGCUUUAUUUAGCUACUAUUUAAAUUUUGAAAAUAUAGUUAUCGUCAUAAAAACCAUUAUAACCAUUAUAACAAUUCAGAGAGAAUCCUUUAAAAAAGCCAGAAGACCCAGGAGAGUCAUGGGUCUCUUAAAACAAUUUGAAAAUAAGCAAUUUUUAGAGCUCUUAAAGCUUUAGACCCCAGAAAAUUUAGACCCAUGGUAAAAAUGUGCCAUUUACUCCGUUUCAUUUUGCACAUAGUAUUGGAGUUUUCAUAGUGCCUGUAAUUGUGAAGGUUUUCAUUAGCUUUACUUAACAUAUGAUUUCCACAAGACCUUUUCCUGUCAAGUAGUUUUGGGGUUUUUAUCACUUUCUGUGCUUUACUAUGGAUAAGUAUGAAAAGAGAACAAUAUCUAGAUUUUUCUGUAAAUUAACUGCUCUUUCAGGGAUGCCUCAUCUAAAGACAUACUAGAAUUUCAGAGUUGGAUGUGGCCUUAGAGGCUCCCAACUCAGCCUCUUGCCCAGUGCCAAAUAUGGAGAUAUAUGUCUAAAGCAGUUCUUCUCUUACCAAGGCCUCCUAACUAGCUGGUUAACAGAACCGAGCAUAGGACAUGGGUCCGACUUGUGGCUCAGUGCUUGUUCUUUAUACAAAGUGUCUAAUCUCAGAUUUUUCUUCUGUGCUGCUUGACUGCCUCAUCUGGAUGAGCUAUGAAAACCCACGAUUAAGGUUUAUGAAUUCAAGUCAUAGUUAGAAUUUUUUACACAUACUUAACUUCCUUAUUGGUUAUAUCUGUAAAACACACACACACUCACACACGAAGCACUUUUAACACAUGAUGCACUUUCAUCUCUGUGGAGAAUUUGCCAUCAUUUCCCCCUGGGAUAUGAAAAACAUUUUUAAAAAAUGUUUAAGAAAGGAGAACAAAUUAAUAUGUGUUUGGAAGAGUAUAGCAGUUAUUUAUGUCUGUGUUUAUGAUUCAUCAAUGGUUUUGUUUCAUUAUUCUUGAAACUGGUAUAGUGUUUGCUAUAGCUGCUGUUUUUAUACUGCCAGUUGUUGCAGAAUGCAGCCUGUUGCAAAGCUAUAGAACUGUAUCAUGUUUUUAUUUUCCUUCUUGUGUACAUGUUAACAAACUAAGUUUCAAAAUAGUGUGGUGUAAUAAUGCAAAACAUUUGUGUUGUGUAUCUGUAUUGAAGUUUGUGUCCUAUUUGUGUAAAAGAUUUAUCUUUUAUUGUAGAUAUUUAGACUUAAACUACCUUAGGAAUAUUGGAACAAUUUACUUUAUAAGAGUAAAAGCAUCCUUCAGAAUGGAGCUCUCUUUGUGCUUAGAAAUAAUAUGUUGAACUAUUUUGCAAUAUACUAUUUUUAAUCUAAAUUCUGUUGCUUUGCUGCCUUUUUUUUUAAGUGUGGUAUUUCAAAUAUUGCUAGAGCUAUUUUCUUGAAAUACAUUUGCAAAAUAAGGCUGCUUUGUACUCAAGGAAUAUUUUUAUUGAUUGACGAAAAUGACUGUACCGCAAUUCAAAAGUAAACUUAUUUUAUUAUACAGAUUAUUUCUUAAAAACUGUGUUUAUACCUUCAUACAAAAUCUAUGACUACGCUGAACUUGGGUGUCCAUAAUUCUUCUGUUAAAUAUAAAACCCCGUUAAGUUAGGAGCAGUAAUGUCAACACUGAAUUUAUUUUUUAGGUCAAAGAACCAUCCUCAUAUUUAGAUUAAGUACAUAUAAAUGCCUAUGUUUACAUACAAUAUACAUGCAAAUCAGGUGUUUUAUGUUUUGCUUAUUAAAUGUCAUUCAACAUUUACUUUUUGAGCAUUAAUAAAAUGGGAAGCUGCUCUGGA